AUUUCAAUCGGGUGUCUACGGAGGACCUGUCAUUCGAAUAUUGGUCCCAAAACAACGUGAGCAACGAGUCGUCUUACGCUGGUCGCAUUAUCAGUUACAAUUAAAUCGGAUAAUCUUUCGGGAACGAACGCGAUACUAAUUAACAACAAUUAAACGAUGGCAGACUAUGUGAUCGGUAACACAAAACCGGCAGAUGUACCACUACCAGAUGACGGACUUUCAGCAGCGCAAUUGUUUUCGAACGGCGACGGUCUUACGUACAAUGACUUCAUUAUUUUACCGGGUUAUAUUGAUUUCACCGCCGACGAAGUAGAAUUAGUGUCGCCGUUGACUAACAGGAUCACCCUCAAGGCACCGCUCGUCUCAUCUCCCAUGGACACUGUUACAGAAUCCGACAUGGCUAUUGCGAUGGCCCUUUGCGGAGGAAUCGGCAUAAUACACCAUAAUUGUACACCCGAGUAUCAGGCCAACGAAGUGCACAAGGUGAAAAAGUAUAAACACGGAUUUAUUAGAGACCCAGUUGUCCUGUCACCUAAUCACACAGUCAGUGAUAUAUUGAAUGUUAAAGCUGAGCAUGGCUUCUGUGGUGUUCCCAUCACAGACACAGGAAAAGUUGGGGGUAAAUUGUUGGGCAUUGUUACGUCCAGAGACAUUGACUUCUUAGAGAGUUCACCUAAUCAACAGUUAACAAAAUUGGACACAAUUAUGACGAAAUUAGAUGAUCUGAUUACAGCAACUGCUGGUGUGACAUUACAGGAAGCGAAUGUAAUUCUUGAAAAGUCCAAAAAAGGCAAACUUCCGAUUGUCAAUGAAAAGGGUGAGCUAGUGUCUCUGAUGGCUAGAACAGAUCUGAAAAAAAAUCGUAGCUAUCCAAAUGCCAGCAAAGAUGAGAAUAAACAGUUGUUAGUUGGUGCAGCUAUUGGUACCCGUAAUACAGAUAAGCAGAGAUUACAACAACUCGCUGUAGCAGGUGUUGAUGUGAUUGUCCUGGAUUCCUCUCAGGGCAAUUCUAAAUAUCAAAUUGACAUGAUACAAUAUAUCAAGUCAAAGUACCCAGAAUUACAAGUAAUUGCUGGAAAUGUUGUGACAACUUUGCAAGCUAAGAACCUUAUAGAGGCUGGUGCUGAUGCUCUGCGUGUUGGAAUGGGCUCUGGCUCUAUCUGCAUCACUCAAGAAGUCAUGGCUGUUGGAAGACCUCAAGCAACUGCUGUGUACAAAGUCUCAGAAUAUGCUAGAAGAUUUGGUAUACCUGUCAUAGCUGAUGGUGGCAUUCAGUCCAUUGGCCACAUUAUUAAAGGUCUAAGUUUAGGGGCUAGUACAGUUAUGAUGGGGUCUUUAUUGGCUGGUACUUCAGAGGCACCGGGUGAAUACUUCUUUAGUGAUGGUGUGCGUCUUAAGAAAUACAGAGGAAUGGGUUCUUUGGAAGCCAUGAAUAGGAAGGAUGCACACGGCUCUGCAAUGGACAGAUACUUCCACAAUGAAAUGGACAAACUGAAAGUAGCUCAAGGUGUUAGUGGUUCGAUAGUAGACAAAGGAACUAUUUUAAAAUUCUUGCCUUACUUGCAAUGUGGCAUUAAACAUGGAUGCCAAGACAUUGGAGCUAGAUCUGUUUCUGGUUUAAGAUCUAUGAUGUAUAGUGGAGAGUUGAAAUUCGAAAGAAGAACACAUUCUGCUCAACAAGAAGGCAAUGUUCACAGUCUUUUUUCAUACGAAAAGAGACUGUUUUAAUUAGGUAAAUAUUAAAUAAGCAGCUUGCAAAAGGUACCUGCAUUUAAUUGCAUAUGAUUUGUCAAUUUCAAUGAAUUGUGUACUGAUUUGCAUAAUGAUACACAAUUGAUUACUGAAAUCAUGUCACACAAGAUCUUAUUCAACAGACAAGUGAAGUUCGUUUCACGAUUGUUAUACACA